UGCAUGGAUGCGGAGCGGAGCUCGUGUGACGCCGGGCUUGAGGUCAACGCAGCCGCGGCCCGGUUCCUGGACCGGAACCUUACUUUUGGCAUCGACACCGCACGCUCUAUCAACCUCCCGACCCAACAUUCGCUCUUUGAGCACAAACCCACGCUAUUUCCAGAGACAAGCGCACUGGUGAAAGUGCAGCCAAGCGAGCAUGAGCGCAAAUAAGAAGAGCAGCCUUACUGGCUAUCUCCCAGAUAUCCUCAUGGCAGCUGCAGCACCGCUAAUAGCCUACUUCGUAAUUCGCAACCUCCUCACACGCCUCGAUCCGGAAGCUCAACAAAAAGAAGAAGCCCGCGCCAAAGCCUCAGCCGCCACACGUAAACUCGACGCCAUCCUCACAAGUAAACGGCGGAAAAGCUAUGGCGAAUACGACAGUGAAGAUGAGGAAGACACAGAAUCCAGGCACAGACGGCCCAGGAUACAGGAUCUCAAUUUGAAUACCUAUGAGCAGACGAUUGCCAUGGAGGUGGUUGCGCCCGAGGAGAUUCCCGUGAGCUUCGAGGACAUUGGCGGCCUCGACUCUAUUAUUGAGGAGCUCAAGGAGUCCGUCAUCUACCCUCUGACUAUGCCCCACCUCUAUUCGCACUCUUCCUCGCUCCUCAGCGCACCCAGCGGUGUGCUCCUCUACGGCCCUCCCGGCUGCGGAAAGACUAUGCUCGCAAAAGCCCUCGCGCACGAAUCCGGUGCCUGCUUCAUCAACCUACACAUCUCGACGUUAACGGAGAAAUGGUACGGCGACAGCAACAAGCUCGUCAACGCGGUCUUCAGUCUGGCGAGGAAGCUACAACCAAGUAUCGUAUUCAUCGACGAAAUUGACGCAGUCUUGGGACAGAGAAGAAGCGGAGAACACGAGGCCAGCGGAAUGGUGAAAGCCGAAUUUAUGACCCACUGGGACGGCCUCGCAUCCAGCACCUCCUCUGGCACAUCGACCCCCCAGCGAAUAUGCAUCCUCGGCGCCACAAACCGCAUCCAAGAUAUUGACGAAGCCAUUCUCCGCCGCAUGCCCAAGAAGUUCCCCGUCGCACUCCCUUCGGCCACACAGCGUCACAACAUCUUCUCUCUGAUCCUACGCGGCACCAAAAUCGACCACCAGAACUUUGAUCUAAACUACCUAGUCCGCGUCUCGGCUGGUAUGAGCGGUUCGGAUAUCAAGGAGGCGUGUAGAGAUGCGGCCAUGGGGCCAGUGCGAGAGUACAUCAGGAGAAAGAAGGCAGACGGCACGCUGAGGAGCAGCAAAGGGAUGGCACAGGGCGAUGUCCGCGGACUGAGGACAGAAGACUUCUUCGGUCGGGGAAAGGGGCUGCGCGAGAUGGAGAAGGUGGACGAUACACGCGAGGAAAUGAAUGCGCGCGUACGAAGUCGAGUUCACACUACUUCCGAAGAGUCGGAGGAAGCGAGCAGCAGCGACAGCACAGCCAGUGGCGAAGACAGAUUCCGCGACUCGGCAUACCAGGGCGCGACCAACGAGGCCGUGGUACAGUAAUGACAGCGCUGCCAUAAACUAUCAGUAUCGCCUUGUAAAAUGUCUGUAUAUGUUGGAAUAUCACGAAGACGAGACAAACGUACAUAUGGGUGGCGUUUCUGUGGGCUAGGCAUAGAUUUAAGGAAGGGACGUGAUACAACGUCACAUCAUGCUACAAUAUAUCGAAUCACAACUGUGAACACC